AUGGCACAUCCCUGGUUUGCUUGCGCUGCAAGCUAUGAUGAUUUCUCUCGGCUUUCUCCUUCGGUGGACAUGACGGCGAUCGUAGUAGCUUCCGACGGCAGUGACGAUGUCUAUGGUGGCGUGGCUUCACUCCGAGGUCGAGCGACUGGUGAGUGCUGUCGGCUCCGUCGAGUCUCUACGAAAGACACACGAUCUCUUUUCCUCCUCUCCUUCCUUCCUUCUAUCUCACACAACAACUCUCUCUCUUCCUCCUUCACCUUCUUUCCUUCUCUCUCUCCUCUCUGGUUUUCCUUCUCUCGACAACUCUCUCUUUCUCAUAUCUUGUGCGGCUAG